AUGUUUGGGGUCGAGCGCUUCCACCAGUACCUGUGGGGCCGGAGGUGCGAGGCGGUCACGGACCACAAGCCGCUGCUGGGACUGCUGGGGCCCGACAAGGCGGUUGCAGUGCAGGCGUCGCCUCAAGUGGUGCGCUGGGCUUUGAAGCUCGCGGCCUCCAGUUACCGGUUGGUCUACCACCCGGGAAAGGACCUGGCACCUGCUGGUGCUCUGAGCCGACUGGCCCUGCCGGAGGUGCCUGCUGCAGUUCCAGAACCUGCUGAAGUGUUCAUGCUGGAGCACACUUACCCGGAGGUGCUGUCCAGAUCGGCAGUGUCGCAGGCAACCAGCCGGGACCCAGUCCUGUCACAGGUGGUCAAGGCAGUGUCCAGGGGGGAUGAGUUGGCUGAGUGGACGGUGGUGAUUCCACAGAGCCUGCGGUCCAGGUUCCUGCAGUUGCUGCACGUGGGCCAUCUAGGCGUGGAGAAGACCAAGAUAGUGGCCCGGUCCCACGUUUGGUGGCCUGGCCUGAACCAAGACAAUGCUCGCAUGGUGAAGAGCUGCCAGGUCUGCCCGGAGAACCAGCGAGCCCCGCGCCAUGUGGAUAUCACCGCCUGGCCGUUCCCGGAGAAGCCGUGGUCCCGCCUGCACGUGGAUUUCGGGGGCCUCUUCAAGGGCCACUACUUCCUGGUGGUGGUGGACGCCUUCUCCAAGUGGGUGGAGGUACUGCCAGUCACCACUCCCUCGGCAGGGGCACCAUUGCGCGUUACGGCAAUCUUCGCAGCCCAGGGGUUGCCGGACGUCAUCGUGUCCGACAAUGAUCCUGCUUUCGCCAGCGAGGAGUAUCUGGCCUGGCUGACGAAGAACGGCAUCCGCCGGAUGAUGGUUCCGCCGUACCACCCCGCGUCGAAAGGUGCUGCCGAGCGGGUGGCACAAACAGUCAAAGACAAGCCCAAGAAGAGCAAGGGUGUGGAUUUCCGGACGCAGGUUGCCCGAUUCCUGUUUCAGUACCGGACCACACCCCACGACGUCACGGGCCGUGCCCCCUGCGAGCUCCUGCUGGGCCGGAUGGUGAAGACGCCGUUGGACAUCUUGCACCCCGACCUCCGGUCAACAGCGCUCCUGAAGCAGCUCAAGAAGAAGCUGGCGGCUGACAGAGCUUGCCGUCCUGGGCCGUUGCCGGUGUCCGGGGCUCCGUUCUUUGCCAGGAACCUCCGGCCUGGUCCACCCUGGUCUGCCGGGCACGUGGUCUCUCCAGCCAGUGCAUCGACACUUCUCGUUCGCAUGUCGGACGGGACCACGUGGCACCGGCAUGCUGACCAUGUGAGGCCUCGCCUGGCGACCUCAGCCGCCGCCCCUUCUGGAAGCCAGCAGGCAGGGGAGCCAAGUGCAGUGACCGAUGCCAGCACAGCACCUGGGGCUGGUGCUACUCGCACCACUGUGACGCCGCCUGCAAGUCCGGAGACACCAGCAAUGCGGGCAGACAGUGCGAUAGCGACGCAGUCAGCGCCUGAUGCAACCACACCUGCGACACCCGCGCUGAGGCGGAGCGGGAGGUACCGGAGACCGCCAGACCGCUACUCGCCGGAUUGA